AAAAGACUAGUGCCAUCUCCAGCUAUCAUCUGUGUCAACCUGCUCUUCACGUCACCUUAUCACCAAGAUGAGAGUUGGUGACAUCAUUGUCGUGGGUUUGGCACUGUUCCUCCUGGCUCCAAACACUGAAGGAUGCUCCCUCCACACCCAGAGCGGAUGUACUUGCACUUCACAGGCCACUAUCAUCAAAAUCCUAUGUCAUCCAUUUGACCCAUCUCAACCAAUAAUUACAUCCAACACUACCAAGGUCAAUCUUCAGUUCCUUGACUUAUCAAACAAUAACCUCACUGAGUUGCCUGAAAACCUCUUUGACUAUAUUCUCAGUGUUGAUCAAGUGGAUCUUCAACAUAACCAGUUUGAAAUAUUUCCUGCAUUCCUCACCACCAAGAAUAUCACAGUCCUGACCUUGUCUCAUAACCUUCUCAAUACCCUGGACUCCAACGCUCUCAAUGAGAGGUCCACGGUCAGAACUCUAGACGUGUCCAAUAAUGAAAUCAGCAGCUUCCACGUGUCUGAGAACCACACCCUUCAGUUGGACAUGCUGAAUCUGGCCUACAAUAGAAUCUCUAAUGUUCCAGAUGCAAUAUGGAAGGCUGCAGACAGUCUGAACUUGUCUUACAAUAAUAUUUCCCGACUGCCUAAGAUCAUUGGGUCCCGUCUGAAAUAUCUGAUCCUGGAGGGAAACCAACUGCAGGAGAUUGGGCCCAACACCUUCAGUGAGCUGCAGUACCUGGAUGAGUUGUACUUGGGCAACAACCGCCUGAUGAAUCUCAGUGCCAGUAGCUUCGAUGGUGCUUGGUCUUUGACAGAAAUCAGCCUCAAGGAGAAUUCACUUGAAACCAUUGAUGGAGGAAUCUUUAAGAAGCUUCAAAACUUGCUCAAUCUCAAUCUUGCAAGAAACAAAAUUAAAGAAAUUCCAAAAGGAAGUUUUAAUGGACUUGAGGAAAGCAUUCACAGAUUGUCACUUGGGCAGAACAAGAUAUCACACAUAGCACCAAAUGCAUUUGCAAGUUUGGAAAAUCUGCGCUUCCUUGAUCUGUCUGACAACCCAUCACUUGGAGACAUUACCCAGGUUCAGUAUCCCCCUCACAUCAUCUCCCUGGACCUGAGCAACUGCAGUCUGCAGACGAUACCUGACUGCAUGUUCCCACUGUACAUGGACCUGCAGUAUCUGGGACUGUCCCACAACAACCUCACCUGCAACUGUCACCUCUCAUGGCUGUACAGCUGGCAGACCAGUACUCGCAAAUACACCGCAGCCAACUUCACACUUCCAAACUGGAAAUGCUUUGAUUACCAACGUCAGCUUCAGCCAGUGUCGGCGAAGGUUCCAUGUGGGAACAUGACACAGCACUUACAGCACUGCCACCAGAAACCUGCACGUCUCAUCAACCCCGACACUAUCAGCCUGGCGAUAUCAAUCAAGGCUGUGGAGGACAGCAUAACUGUCACCUGGACACUGAAAUCAAAGGAUAAAAUCCACGGACUUCUUGUGACGUACGUGACCAAAGAUGCUACCAUAUUUGAAUCCCCCAUCUUGAACCCCAACACCAGCACAUACGUGAUCCGGGACAUGAAAGUGGUGGGCUCCUACAGAGUGUGUGUGCACACCUUACUGAAUGCUACGUAUACUAUCAAGAAGGCCUGUGAGACUGAAGAUGCCAGCUUGAUCCAAAUGCUGGUGGGAAUACUGGCAGGGACUGUGUUCUUGAUUCCGUGUGUGGCAGCAAUGGUUUACAUCCUGUACAAAGACCACCACGUGAUGAAAGCUUAUGAACAUCUCGAGGGACUAGAAGAUAUAGUCAUCACUGAAGGUCACAUAGAGGUCAAAUGUAGCAAUAUGUCCAAAGAUGUUUCCAAGAAGCAGGACCAGUCGGCUGAGGGUGAGGGUGACGUAUUGUGCAGCAACGGCUGAGGGUGAGGCAUAUCGUGCAGCAACGGCUGAGGGUGAGGCAUAUCGUGCAGCAACGGCAGACGGUGAGGCAUAUCGUGCAGCAACGGCUGACGGUGAGGCAUAUCGUGCAGCAACGGCUGAGGGUGAGGCGUAUAGUGCAGCAAUGGUAUCUGGAACAACAGGAGAUGCUGAUACUCACAUCCCCUCCCGGACUCCAGGAGCUUCAAAAUGUAAUCUCACUUUUCUGGCAGAUUGUGGGAAAAUACACAGUCGCAGUGAGAAGUGUACGGAGUGUAUGAGCAGCCAUGAACAAGAAACAUUCAACACAAAGCUGUAACUAAGACAAGACUUACAUGCUGUGUUAUUGAUUCCCUGUACCCUGUGUUACUGAGCACUUGUCACUGUACUAUAUCAUCACUGUACUGUAUAAUAUCUCGUAUAGUCAAUGUAUACACUGUCCUGUAUUAUCAGAAUCUGGUAUAACUGUUUUUAUUACCCACGUGGUCAACGUAUGGGUAGUUGCAUACUAAUCUCGUACGUCACACGAGUGUCGUAUCGUGUUGAGCUGUGUCGUAACGACUUCACCUGAGAUUCUAACCAU